AUGCAUUUUGGCUGCUUUGGCUUGAAUUUCAACAGGGCUUCGUCGGUCAAGCAGGCCAAGCGGGAGAGAGAGAGAGAGCAUACGCGCGCGGCGCAGCAACCCAACACAGCAAUCCAAAUCCAACUCUCGCCCGGCACCCUUUUCCAGCACAGCACGCAGCACACCACAGCAGAGCACAGCACAGCACAGCACAGCACAGUGCAGUGCAUCGAGUCGAGCCCUGCUGAGCCCAGCCCAGCCCCGCCCAGCCCAAGCCAGAGCUCAUAUCUCUCUCUGCUCCACACCUCCUUUGCCUCUUUGAUCCCACACCCACUCCCGCAACCAUCUUUGAUCUUUGAUCUUCACCUUCGCCCCUCGCCUUCGUCUUCCACCCCUCGGCUUUCCAACACACGCAUCCUCGUGUUUCAGCUGCCAGUCACCGCUUCGAAGCUCUUCGGCACUCCUUCUGCGCUUGCUUUCGAUCGCCUCCUCCUCCUCCUCCUCACGCGCUUGCAUUCGACCAUCCUCCGACCCGCCUCGUCGCUUGCUCUCGAUCUUUGGCAGUCACAUCUCUCGAGCGCGCCUUCAUCACCUGCAUCGCACAGCUGGCCCCAUCUGCAAGCGAUCUUCGAUAUCCGCAUCGCAUCGCCCCUCGUCAUCGUCGGAGACGGUGCCUGUGGUAAGACCUGUCUCCUCAUCGUCUUUUCCAAGGGCACCUUCCCCGAGGUGUACGUCCCCACCGUCUUCGAGAACUACGUCGCCGACGUAGAGGUCGACGGCCGCCACGUCGAGCUCGCACUCUGGGAUACCGCCGGCCAGGAGGACUACGAUCGUCUGCGUCCGCUCUCUUACCCGGACUCGCACGUCAUCCUCAUCUGCUUCGCCGUCGACUCGCCCGACUCGCUCGACAACGUGCAGGAAAAGUGGAUCUCCGAAGUGCUCCACUUCUGCCAGAACCUCCCCAUCAUCCUCGUCGGCUGCAAAAAGGACCUCCGACACGACCCCAAGAUCGUCGACGAACUCCGCAAGACCUCCCAGCGCCCCGUCUCGGCCGAAGAGGGCAUGGCCGUCGCACAGAAGAUCGGCGCCGUCCGAUACCUCGAGUGCUCCGCCAAGACCGGCGAGGGCGUCCGCGAAGUCUUUGAACACGCAACCCGCGCAGCGCUCGUCCAAAGAAGCCGCGGCUCCAAGAGGAAAGGCUGCACCGUCCUCUAG